AUGGCAGUAUUUGGAUCAUGGUUUGGACGUGAAGUAGAUCAGGAUCAUGUUUACUCCAUCAACGGCUUCUGGACAGUCCUUCUUUUCGCCGUGUGUUCUGUCGGAUCAUUCGCCUUACGUUACAUCACUACACCCAUCAGUUGUUGGUGCCCAGCUCAAUUCACAAGCUCUAUGAUCUCGUACACAGAGAAAUCGUGUUUUCUGAAGGACAUGUAUCAUAACAAUUCAAUAUCUGAUAAUUAUGAUGACGAAAUCCCCUCUGUUCCCUCCUUCCACCUCUGGAUACCCCUCAUACUCUUCUUCCAAGCCCUCGCCUUCAAAGUCCCAAACAUCACCUGGAACAGCUGCAAGCACUUGCUCACUCUUAAUAUGGAGGAAACUGUCGAGUCCCUGAAGAGUGUACAAUUGACCAGUCCGGAGAAUCGCCAGGCCAUUUUCAGUGAUGCAGCCCGAGUAUUUGGAAGUCUUCUUAGAAGAAAUCGAUUCUUUCUGGCUCUGUUGUACCUAUUUGUGAAGCUCCUCUUAUGUAUCAAUCUCAUAGCGCAGUUUAUGUUCCUGACGACUUACUUUAGACAAUACCUAGCAAUCAGGGUUGGGUCCUAUGCUGAUUUCGAUGUGGACUCCAUCAUAAAACCCUUACUUGUAAAAGAUAUUUAUUGCCAUUUUCAAAUUCACUUCCUGCAGAAUACCCAGAUAUUUUCAGUUCAGUGUACUCUGCAAAUCACCGAAAUCUAUGAGAAGAUGUUCAUAUUCCUGUGGUACUGGGUCUUCCUUCUGGCUAUCAUCACAAUCCUAAAUCUUGUCCUGUGGGCAGGAUUUCUCUUCCUACCGUUCCUAAGAGAUGGCAGGAUAGCUGCCCACGUCAACGCUUCCAAAGGAGCUCGCCCUAACGAACCCGCUGUAACACGAUUCAUCAGCAGUUUUCUCGGAAUCGAUGGUGUGUUUGUCUUGUCCAUGAUCUCCCGGAAUUCCAGCGAAUUAGUUGCAGCAGAUCUUACCCAACAUUUGUACCAGGUGUUUCAGGAGAAGGAACGGGAAUGGCAAAACCAGCGCAACCUCUACACAGGAGAAACGGAAGGUGGCGCUGUCGUUACCGGAGCAACAGGAACCAUAGCAGCAUUGCCAAUAAGGACGCUACCACCUUGUGCCGAAAACCCGGAGAAAGCGCCUACUAUGUGA